UUCUUGGUUGUGAGGAUGGUGAGGCCUUGGCACAGGUUCUCCAGUGAGGCUGUAGUUGCUGCAUCCCUGUGAGUGUUCAAGGACAGGCCAGGUUGGACCAAGGCUUGGAGCAACCUGGGAUAGUGGAAGGUGUCCCUGCCCAUAGCAGGGUGGACCUGCAUGGUCUUUAGGGUCCCUCCCAACCCAAACCAUUCUGUGGUGAAAAGAAGGUUACAAAUGGACACAGGUCUGUAGGAAACCCCCUCACUAGUUUUACCACUCACAACACAACCUCUCAGCUUGCCAGUGCAUCUGCUCAGUCAGAAAACCAGCACUUUGUCUGGAGCCCAUAAAUACUGGAAUUAAAUAACCAUUGAGGCUUACGGUGGACCAGCUCCACAUCAUUAGUCCCACACCACAGUCCUCAUGUGUGAGGAUACAGAUUUGGUGUUUGAAGGAGCCUGUGGUGGAUGGAGGGUGUGGGAGCACAGGAAGCCCACACCAAGGUGUGUGAUAACGCCUGUCUUUCCUCAUACAUUGUCCAACUCAGUGAAUAAGAACAUUAAAUUUUGGCCUUUUUUUCCACAAAAUGCUACUGCACUGAAAAUGGGAACGUGAACAGAGUGCUACCAAGUGCAGAGAGCAUCUCACAUGGAUUUUGUGAGGUGGAUGUGACCCUCUCUGUCCCUGGAGUACAUGGUGAGUGUCACCAUAGGUGACUGUGCAGUAGACAAACUCCGAAUGUCACGUACUGAUGUCAUUGCAGUACAAAAAGUGCAAGUGAAUUCUAAUUUAGAAGCCAAAAUGGAGGUCUUAAUGCCUGAACCUCAGAUUUAUGUGGAAAGAACUCUGGCUAUCAUCAAACCAGACAUCAUUGAUAAAGAAGAAGAAAUAGAGGAUCUCAUUCUCCGAUCAGGAUUCCACAUCAUUCAGAAAAGGAAGCUCCAAUUAAGCCCUGAGCAAUGUAGCAACUUCUACGCAGAACAAUUUGGAAAAGUGUUUUUUCCUAAUUUAACAGCCUAUAUGAGUUCUGGUCCUAUAGUUGCUAUGGUACUUGCUAGAAAUUGUGCAGUCUCAUACUGGAAGGAAUUGCUUGGACCAAGCAACAGCCUAAGAGCUAGGAUAACUCACCCUCACAGCUUAAGAGCACUCUAUGGGACUGAUGAGCUGAGGAAUGGACUCCAUGGCAGUCUCAACACCUCCUCAGCAGAGAAAGAAAUUCGAUUCAUAUUUCCAGAAGCAAUCUUGGAGCCAGUUCCCACUGGACAAAGAGCUCGGGAUUACCUGAACCUGUAUGUGAAGCCCACGCUGCUGGCAGGACUCACUGCCCUGUGCAAAGAGAAGCCAGCAGACCCCAUGAUUUGGCUUGCUGACUGGCUGGUUGAACACAAUCCUAAUAAACCUAAACUACAAUAUCACAUCUCUCAGUAAGAGCAUCGGCAGUGAGAGCUUGGUGGAAACCAUCUCACACAUUCCAAGUUACAGCUGUGUAUUGUCAUUUUUGGUGUGUCCUUUGACUAUAUAACCAAUACUAUCUAAAGUAAAUGCAUUUGUCUUAACUACUUGUGUCCUCAUAGGAUAAAUAACCUUACACUUAACCAGGAUGUAGUGGUUCUAGUACCUCCUCUACUGACAAAGUGAAUGUACAAUUACACAAUAAAUUUAUGGCAUUGGGUGAUAAGAAAAAAAAAAAGAAUAUUCUGAGUGGGUGUGACUUAUUGCUCUUGUCCAUGUUUUUCUUGGUUUGGCUCUGUAAACAAAAUCAUUUGCAGCAGUGUGGAUUAUCAAAUUAAAUCCCCCUGGCCUGUGCUUUGUGAAGCCAAGGGUUGUGUUCCAGUUUUUUAGCAUAAACUCUAAAUGAAGGGAGGUACUUGGAUAUAAUGUAGAAAACAAUUACUGGAGGCAUAUUAGCAACUUUGGAAUUUUAAUUGCUAAUUAAAUCACCCAGCUAAGGUUGUUCUUGAAGAUGAUUCACUUAAGUCUGAUGUAUUUUGUCAGAAUAUAAUUUGAAGGACUCAUUUGAAGGUACAUUCAAUACCUUUAAUACCUCAAUACUCAAAUACCUUUCCCAUCUUGGUGGCAAAAAGCUCAGUGACUAUAAAUAACAUGAAGAUGUAUUUUAGUCAAGGACUAAGGUUGUCUUCCAACAUAUGUUUGCAAUAAAGGUGCUUAGUUGGAACAGCUCACCUUAAGAGUGUUUCUGUGUUCUUCUGCUCUUAAAGGUAUGCAAAUUUCUGUCAUUUUUCUCAAACUUUCAUGUGUUCUGUUGAAGAAUUUCACAAGAGUGCUCUUCCACAGGCAAUGGGUUAAUCCUACGCUAUUGCCUUUUAUGAAGUAACUAAAUUCUUUUUGGGGAUGUGGGGCUUUUUAAUUUUCUUCAAAGAGCUGUACUUGUUAACUUCAAGCUUUGUAUCUUACGGAUUGACUAGUUAUAAUGAAGAAAACAGUAAUUUUCAUAAUUCUAAAAUAAGAGUAUGCUUGACUAAUACUAAACAAACAAGCAAUUUCAUAAUUUGUUUCAUGAAAAAACUUGCUUCCCCAAUUUGAGUAAUUAUGAGAAACAGAAGUAAUUUGUCUGUAACAUCAAACUUUAAGUGAAUUGUUUAUCCUCUCAGUGGAACACUAUUGCCAGCGCAGAUAAUAAACAUCUGGGAACAGGUCCCUAUAGUACCAAGACCUAAAAAUCUUGUGACUGCUAGGAUAAGGAAAAAAAUAGAGCCCAAACCCUCAAAUAAUGAAGAAUAAAAGUAUGAAAUGCUUAGAAAUACAGAUCUGUUUACAACCAUUUUUUUUUUGCCUAUAUUAUCCCCGUAUGUGUCUGAUUGCUCCAAUUAUAGGAGAGUUGUGCUUUGUGGUUUCCUGUCAGCCAAAUAAAAAAAAUCCCUUUCUGAAGAUGCCAGAAACUGAAAUCUGUUGAAUUCACAAGGUAUUCCCCUGUAUUUUGUUGGUUACUAUGACAUUUUCCUGCUUAUUUUGAUGCUCUACUGUUUGACAAUAAAUACAUCCUUUAUGUUCCUA